UCAGAGUAGUUGUGCGCGGGCCAGCAGAAUGAAGUGACGGCCAGCGGCCGACCUGCACCGGCCUAACCUGAGAGAGAGGAGGCACCGCUCUGCGCGACCCGCCGUCUGCAGCAACAAGAAAUGGUCAUGGCUGCGGACGCUCACAAAGGCACCCCCAUCAGGGUCGGUUUCUACGACAUCGAGCGCACCAUCGGCAAGGGAAACUUUGCCGUCGUCAAGUUGGCUAGACACCGGAUCACUAAGACUGAGGUGGCUAUCAAGAUAAUCGACAAAACACAAUUGGACGCUAGCAAUCUGCAGAAGGUGUAUCGAGAAGUGGCCAUCAUGAAACAACUCGACCAUCCACACAUCAUCAAGCUCUUCCAGGUGAUGGAGACCAAGAAUAUGAUUUACAUAGUCUCUGAAUAUGCAAGUCAGGGAGAAAUCUUUGAAUAUAUAGCCAGGCAUGGAAGAAUGCCGGAGAGAGAAGCGAGACGUAAAUUUUGGCAGAUUCUGUCUGCAGUGGAGUAUUGCCACAACAGACACGUGGUUCACCGAGAUCUCAAGGCGGAAAACCUCUUGUUGGAUGCCAACAUGAAUAUCAAAAUCGCCGACUUUGGCUUCAGCAACUACUUCUCUCCCACUGGUCAGCUGGCCACGUGGUGCGGUUCACCCCCUUACGCAGCGCCUGAGGUCUUCGAAGGCAAGAAGUACACAGGACCGGAAAUCGAUAUUUGGAGCCUGGGCGUAGUUUUAUACGUUUUGGUGUGCGGGGCUCUGCCUUUUGAUGGGCCCACCCUUCAGUCACUCAGGGACCGAGUUUUGUCAGGACGGUUUAGAAUUCCAUACUUCAUGAGCUCAGAAUGCGAGUCACUGAUCCGCAAAAUGCUGGUGCUGGCGCCAGAAAAGCGGUUCACAGUGGAACAGGUGAAGAGGCACCGGUGGAUGGUGGCGGAAGGACCGCCCCGGUUGCUGCCCAGCUCGAACCCACCCUCGGGAGAACCAAACGAGCAGAUCUUGAGACUUAUGCAGAGCCUCGGGAUCGACGCCGCCAAAACUAAAGAGUCUCUGAAUAAUAGCAGUUAUGACCACCACGCGGCCAUCUACUACCUGCUUCUGGAGCGAGUUCGCCAGCACCGGACCGGCGCCCCUUCUUCAGCGGCUCCGAACGCUCCCUCGCCACCGUCACUGGAGACGCAGCGUCGGCGGCCGAGCAGCAUUGCGGAGCAGGCGAUGCGCAAACUGGACAGCAUCGCGUCGCCCCCGGCCCGCGGUUUCAUGCAACGCGCUCCCCCGGCGCCCACUUUCUCCAGUAGCACCCACAGUUCGACGGACGAGGGUGUGGAAACGGACCCUGAGACGGACGCGCCCCUCGCCGAGUUGUCCUCAGUGCCCAACGUUGGCCUCUCGCACCACCUGAGCUCUGACUCGGGCGCCUCGCAGGCCUCCACCUCGUUUUCGCCCUUCGACAGUCUGGAGUGCGCCCUGGACACUGAACUGGCCGCCAGUCUGCCCUCCUGCACCUCUCCGACCACCCCCACCCACCACGGCGCCAGUGUCAGCGCCAUUGCCCCCGUCGGACGUGUCCUGCUCAGACACAACCCUAUCGGUGCUGGACGCACGGCCACCAGGUCGCCGGUGGACUUCAGGGAAGGACGGAGGGCCUCCGACGGACUUGUUGCGCAGGGGUGCUUGAGCAUGGCUCCAACGCAAACCUUUGGCCAGCGUCUGCUGGACUCAGCCCGGGCGCACGGCGAACUGGAGCUCAACCAACUGCGGAUGGAGCACAGGGUGUUGCGCCACCAGACGCUGAACUGCAACUUGGCCCCGGACGCCCAGAUGCAGCGACAACUGCAGCACUCGCAGUACCAACACGAACGGCCGCCUUUGCCCAAGCGGAUCAGUCUGCCCGAGGCCCUUGAGGAGGCCGCCCUGCCGCGGCCGCCGGCCCUGCAGCAACAGUUGCUGCAGCACAGACUGCUGCAGAAGAGGCAGAUUCUGCAACGCCAGUCGGCCGCCCCCACCACGGAGGCCUCGCUCAGACGGCACAUGGUGCGCCAGGCCUCGUACAAGAUGGCCCAGCAACAACAAGUGGUGCCACCGCUGCCUGCCGAAAACCUUGGCGAGGACGAGUCGUGGCUCGCAUUGCCUGGAUUGGCAGCCGCCUGCUCCCUCGGCGACCCCGACAACCCCAUUGUUGGUCCCCCGGGAGCGUCUUAUUCCACCUGGCAUCAGUUAUCUGCACCGUAUGUACCUGGGAGCUUAGCAUGGCAGCCGCUGGGUCUGAGUUCAAGCCCCAUGCAGCCAGUGAGUGAGAGCCCUUUACUAGAACUGACCGAGCAAAUGGAGUCAAUGUGAGAGGAGCCACGAUUCGUCUCAAAACCUGCAGUCAAUUGGACACUGGACUAAGUGCAAACCGAGCAGUGACUCUCUUUCACGUGCGCGACAGUUACUCAGAGAUUAACAUACACACACACACAUAUAAUUAUAUAAAUGUAUUGCAAAAAGAAUAUGUAAAGAACACAAAAGGCGCGGUCUAAAUUUAAACGGGAUAUUACAAUAAAAAAGUACCAAAACUGUUAAGUGUUUGACGCGAGCUAGGGCAAACUUCUCACUCAUAAGAAUCAUAAGUGACAUGUAGCAAUAAACAAAUAACUAUAAUUAGGUAUGUGGAAACCAUCAAAUCUCUCAUAUCCAUAUGUAUCAAUCGUAGGGGGCCUUAUAAGAGAGAAAAUUGAGUGGAAAAAUAUCAAAUUUUUAUUUUAAUUUUUCCGUCAUCAAAUUCGCUCAUUCAAUUUAUUUUCUUUUAUAUUAUAUAAUCAAUGUUGCAGAAGUACAUGGUGUGUGUCCAUCAAUAUUUUCACAGGCUUUGCUAUUAUCAAUUUCCACCUCGCAGUUUUCACUCAGGCCCCUAAUUUUUAUCGUGUAAUGUGUAAAAUAAAUUAAUGUGUGCGCUGUUGUUGUUCUGCUGGCCAGAGCGCCUCGCUCGUCACUUUUUUAAUUGCACACAGUGUGUAGCAGAUAAAAUCUUGAAGGCAAUCAGCCAGCCAGAAGCUCGCAUCGAAUUUUCACAAGCGCACCCACGUGCUUUCUCUCUUUGUAACAAACAAUUGUAGGAUUUGAGGACUAAAAUACAUGAGAAAAUGCAAUUAUCAAUCGACUCAAAAUUUAAGUCUUGGUCAAAAUGCGCACCAGCUUCACCUAUUUGAAUUGAACACCAACAAUUCAGUCCAAAAAUUAAAUUCCAUCGAAAUGGAAUCACCAAUUUUAUGUUAAAAAGUUUUAUUCAAAAUGGGGCUCAAGGUAUGACAACCUAAAGCAUGUGAGCAAUUUUUGAAUAUUUAUUCGCAGUUUGCGGCAUUUUUGCUGGUGUGUCAUUUGAGAGCAGACGUUCCUGAAGGGCAUUUUUCGGCAUCACAAGGCCAAAUCAUGGAACUCGGGGGGAGAAUGAGCCCCCAAAACAAUAAACGCAUUGUGUAGUGAUCUUAGUUGUUAGGCAGCUGUAUUCCUGUGUACUGUCUAGUCAGAGGGAGAGAAUCGUCACCUCUGCCCUCUAAGCUCAGACACAUUAGACAGAGUCUAUGUGAUAGUUAAAAUUUUGGACUUAAUAAUAUCCCGAUUUAAAUUUUUUGUUCCUUAAUAUGACACAAAAUUAAACAAUCCUGAGAAUAAUUCAAUUAAUUGUGCGCCCCAACGUUGAGAACGAGCUGUGGUUUCAGAGAAGAUCGAAUGUUUAUAAAAAAUAAAACAAACAAUCAAUCAAGCAAAGUUCAUGUUGAUUUGCUGGAUGUUUCUGCUUAAGAGACUAAAAUGUGCAAGUAAAAUGUUGUGUCAGGGUAAAAAUAUUAGUAGGUGCAAACAAAUUCCGAAAGCAAAAUAUUUGGAUUUUUCAUUGUGAAAUCGACCCCAUUUUGGUAAGAAAAUAUUUUUACCCGGCUCACACAAAAGCGUUUCCAGAAUGCUUUUGGACCUACAAUAAUCAUUGGGACUUCUGUGUAGAAGUCUCCACAAUUAUGGAGAAUGAUGAUUAAACGCAGUUGACCAAAAUUAAGGUUGUCUCAUUGA